AUGUCAUUGGAAUUUAUUAUUAUUAUGAGCUUUUGUAAAUAAUGUAUAGAAAGGCUGCGUUUUCCUUUAAAUGGCAUAUAUAUUAGUUAGAUAAAGAGUAUUUUAAAGCCAUUGAGGUUAAAGGCGGUCUUCUUUCAAUUAAUUUAGAAGCGCAGAGUAAAGUAUUAAAUAUUUGACUCUUUUAAAAAUCAAUCAGUUAUUCAUACCAACUUGAUUCAGUUGCAAAUAACACUGUCAGUUUAUGAGCUGUUAUUAGAGUUGAGUUCAUGUUAGUGUAUUUCUUCUAUGUUUUCACAUUCUGAGUCCUCAUUUUCUUCCUCUAAUUCAAAUUUGUAAGCCAAAUUCAAAAGAUCGUUUAUAUUGUCUUCAGAGAAAGAAAUAGGGAGGAAUAUUGAGGUUAAUCCAUUACCCAAAGGUAGUUAGAUAGAGUUAGACCUUUCUUUAUUCAAAACAGGAGAGUUGAAAGGAGAAGCAUCUUCAAUGGAGGAGUGA